CGAGACUGACUAGUCGCUUACAAAUUAUAAUUACCUUCCUCGCAAGAGUCAAGAAUAAAACAAAAACAAAAGACUUCUGAAAAAGAAAAAAGCAAAAAAAACGUAAACAAAAGACUUAAAGAUACUACAGCAGGAAUGAAGAUAAGAGCGCAGAACGCACGGUACAACUACUCCCGCCCUUGAUGAUCUGAAUCCAGGAAAACAGGAUCCAAGUGGGGUUGAAUUAUGGAGGAUGAGACGAGAUCAACGUCAUCACUUUCCGAUAUAGCUAUUAGUAUUAUCGACGAAGGUCCUCUUUCUCCAUUACGACAACGUAGUGAAAGAAGUGUUGUAUCUCAUAUCAAACGCAACUUACAGUCAUCGGGGAAACCACUGAUUCUUUUGGAAUCAGCUGGUAAGGCGUCCUGCUGCAUCUUCAGAAUCCCUGAUAGCCUCGCAGAGGUGAAUCCUAAAGCCUAUAAGCCCAAAGUUGUUUCCAUUGGUCCUUAUCAUUACGGAGAAAAUCACCUCCAAAUGAUUCAGCAGCACAAGUUUCGGUUUCUGGAGCUUUUCGUAGACAGGGCAACAAAGAAAGGAAUGGACGAAAACGUCUUGUAUGCGGCAGUAGGUGCUUUGCAACACAAGAUAAGAGCUUCUUAUUCUGAGGAACUUAGGAUAGAAAAAUCAGAACUGGUGUCUAUGAUGAUUUUGGAUGGGUGCUUCAUUCUCAUGUUGUUACUUAUCGUGUCAAGAAAGAUAGAUUUGGAUAUGAAUAAGGAUCCAAUCUUCACGAUCCCCUGGAUUUUGGCAUCUAUUCAGAGUGAUCUUCUCCUCUUGGAAAAUCAGGUCCCUUUCUUUGUUCUUCGAACUAUAUUUGAUAAAUCAGGAAUAGGGUCACCUGGUGAUCUAAACAGGAUGGCGUUUAGCUUCUUCAACCUCUCAAUAGAUAAACCAGAUACAUAUUGGGCGAAACACAGAGACCGCGGGGCUAAACAUCUUCUUGACCUCAACCGUAAGACCUUCAUACCUAGCAUGAGAUCUAUGGGUGAAUCAGAAACAACACCAUCCUCGAAAUUUCAACACUCUAAGGGUAAAUCCGGAGAAGUAUCAUCGUCAGAGUCUACAUUUCCGUUGAUACUGUCGGCCAAAAGACUUCGCCUCCAAGGGAUAAAGUUCAGGUUAAGGAGUGAUGCUGAAUCAAUAUUAGAUAUAAAAUUAAAGAAGAACAAGCUUCAGAUACCACUGUUAAGAUUGGAUGGUUUCAUCAGCUCAAUCUUCCUCAACUGUGUUGCCUUUGAACAGUUUUACACAGAGAGUACCAACGACAUAACAAGCUACGUGGUUUUCAUGGGAUGUCUUCUAAACGAUCAGGAAGAUGCUACUUUCUUGAACAACGACAAGCGGAUCAUAGAGAACUACUUUGGCAACGAGAAUGAGGUAUCACAGUUUUUCAAAACUAUAUGUAAAGAUGUUGUAUUUGACACACGUAGAAGUUACUUACGGAAUGUGUUUGAGGGAGUUAACGAGUACACCUCCAAAACGUACAAUGGAGUAUGGGCUGGCUUUAGGCACACGCACUUUGAGUCACCAUGGACUGCUCUGUCAUCCUUUGCUGUUGUUUUCGUUAUUCUUCUUACCAUGACGCAAGCCGCUUAUGCGAUUCGUUCCUACUAUCACGAUACAGAGUGAGAUGGAAACUCAGCUUCUCCAUAGGGGCUUCCUUCGGGAAAAUCACGUGAACUACUUGUUCUGUUUUAUCCGCUACAAAUGUCAUUCGCGCUUUAAUUAGACCCGCACAUACGUGCAGGAUUUCAUAUUUUUAAAAAUAUGGUGUAUUAAAUUUAUAUUCAAUUUAGUUUUUUCUAAAGUAGUAUUUAAUUUAUUUAUUUUUUUGGUUUGUAGUGAAUGAGAUAUAUCAUAAUAGUAUAGAUAUUAGAAAAUUAAUUGUUAUAUUAUGUGUUUAACAUAAACAAUGGUGCAAAAAAAAUUCAGUUUGAUUAGUUAUAAAAUUUGAAUAGAUUUAAUGUUUUAUUUACACCAUUUUACAGUUGUAAAG